CCAAGCAAAUAAGUUUCAUCUCUUCUCAAUCACAACAUAUUACACACUUUUAUGAAUAUAAUCUCUUUGAGUUUUAUUCAAUGUGGAAUGCAUGGAAAAAUCAUAUAUGUAUGUACAAACUUUAUAAAUGCUACUUAAAUAUAAAUGGAUUCCAGCUAUAACACCAAAUGUGUCUGAGUAUAUAUUUAAUAUUCACUUUAGUGUUUUUAAUAUUCAUAGCAACUUAUUUACUGAUACUUCCCAUUGUUAGUUACAGAUUUGCUUCUUUACUGACCACAUUCUGAUUAAAGGAUAAAUGCACAUGUUUUUCUUAAACUGGAGAGGUAAAACCUGUCUGAAUUUAAGAGCUAAAAUAGAGGUCUCUUAAAUGAAGAAUUAAUUUAGUUAAUAUUGCUUCAGCAAAAGAAAAGCUGCUGAAAUACAGGAACAGUGCAACUGAAGGGGCAGUUAAUAGGCUCUGACAAAGAAAGGGAGAAGAAUUUGGGUUUGUCAAUAUGAGAAAGUGGGAUUGGUGUGGGCUAAGAGGCCUAGGUACUCUGUGGAAAAGGGGAGCUAUGGAAACAUCACCUGUGACAUAUUUGUCUGUAAGGAUCCAAAUACACUUUCAAUUGUGCUGUAUGACAUGUUCUAUGUCCCUUUCCUUGUCUUUCAAAUCAGUUUUGUUAUCGUAAUAACCUUAAAGCCCUGCCUGGUUGCCUAGAAGGCAGAUGGGUUUCAUUCAGGAUGUUGCUAAGGAAAAAGGCCUCUGUCCUCUCUUUUCGUGGACAUCAGAGUGGUAAUACAGAAAGAACUAUAAGAAAGAUAAAAUACCUUCAAUAGAAGCAGAGAAAUAGCACUGAGGAUCAUAAACUUAUUAUCCCAUGGAAGCAUACUGGGGAAAAUUUUUGCUUUUUUACCAGAACAGAAGGUUGCAUCUAUGCAUUCUGAUCUCAAAAGACUGGAGAACCCUAGUGGCCAUUUUGGGUACUAGAGAAACUCAAUCUUUUUUGGGGGAAAACAAUGUUGUUUGCUCAAACUGUGAAAUAGACAAUGGCAUACUGCUUCUUAAAAAUAAAUAUGAAUACAUCAGCACGUUUAGUUAAGUGAUUUGCUGACUUCAAAACAGUCUGAUGGGGUUUUUUGCCACCGAAACCUGUUAUUGCCUAUAAUGAAAGACUAUAUGCAAUAAUCACAACAUACAGCCUUAAGGUUGAUCACAGCAUCUAAAAAAUCAUGAUACAGGGAUUUUUAGUUGUACUCAACACAUUUUUUUCCUCCAGUAACCUGAUUGGUUGUUCCAGAUGCCAUGAAUGAUAUAAAUUGGGCUUGCAGUUGGAUGCAAACCAUCGGAUCAAGCAUCCCUGAGUAUCAGAGAGAUUCACUCAGAAUACAUUCAAAGAACCAUCCAGAAAUGGGGACCUGGAUUUUGUUUGCCUGCCUCUUGGGAGCAGCUUUUGCUAUGCCCCUACCACCUCAUCCUGGGCACCCUGGUUAUAUCAACUUCAGCUAUGAGAAGUCACAUUCUCAGGCUAUCAAUACUGACAGGACUGCAUUAGUGCUUACCCCUUUGAAGUGGUAUCAAAGCAUGAUAAGGCAGCCGUAUCCUUCCUAUGGUUACGAACCCAUGGGUGGAUGGCUGCACCACCAAAUCAUCCCCGUGCUGUCUCAACAGCAUCCCCCGAGUCACACCCUUCAGCCUCAUCACCACCUCCCCGUGGUGCCAGCUCAACAGCCCGUGGCCCCCCAGCAGCCAAUGAUGCCAGUUCCUGGCCACCACUCCAUGACUCCAACCCAACACCACCAGCCAAACCUCCCUCCAUCCGCCCAGCAGCCCUUCCAGCAGCCCUACCAGCCCCAGCCCGUUCAGCCCCAGGCUCACCAGCCCAUCCAGUCCCAGCAGCCUCUGCACCCCAUGCAGCCCCUGCCACCACAGCCACCUCUGCCUCCGAUGUUCCCCAUGCAGCCCCUGCCCCCCAUUCUUCCUGAUCUGCCUCUGGAAGCUUGGCCAGCCACAGACAAGACCAAGCGGGAAGAAGUGGAUUAAAAAAUCAGAAAAAGAGAGCUGAAGUGUACUUCAGUUGCUUUUAGGAAUAACACAAGAACACAAUGAUUUGUGCCUACAAUUGCUUUACUUAGCCAUUUCUGUAACUAAAAAUAAGUAUCUUUAGCAGACAAUAAAAUGUUU